AUGUCUGACAUCACUCCCGUCUUUUCCAAGGACGCAGCUCCUCCUGCUGGACCUUACUCCCACGCCAUCAAGACGCCGACGGCCAUCUACUGCUCGGGGCAGAUCCCGUGCGACGCCAACGGCAACCUGGUGGAGGGUACGAUCGGCGAGAAGACGGCGGCGUGCAUCUCGAACCUGAAGGCCGUCCUCGAGGCCGCCGGCUCCUCCAUCGAGCGCGUCGUCAAGGUCAACAUCUUCCUCGCCGACAUGGCCCUGUUCGCCGACAUGAACAAGGAGUACGAGAAGUGGUUCACCCACAAGCCCGCCCGCAGCUGCGUCGCCGUCAAGCAGCUGCCCAAGGCCGUCGACGUCGAGAUCGAGUGCGUCGCUCUGCCCUAG